ACCUCCGCCGACCUUCCUUUCGCUCCCGUAAUCCGUCUGCGUAGGGUGUGCUCCGGAGCUAGUCUCGGCACACAUUUUAUUAUUAUGAAACAAACCAAAAGCUAGACGCAGACAUAUUUUUAUAAGAAAAAAAUAAAAAAAAAAUCGGUGAAGCAGGAUUUCAUUUGCCAACUCAAGCAACGCAAAGAAGACGCCGCCUUCGAAAACGAACGGAAUCGAGUGUUAGCCGCUAAAGAGUUAGCCUCAUUGUUGAAAGCGUGGGUGAUAGUUUAGCUGAAAUUUUUAAAGAUUGAUUUAAGCAUUUUAGAUUUUGCCAUUCCAGAUAUAUUUUGAACAUUCCAGUUGUGAAACAUCAACUAUUUGUUUAGUAUUGUCGAUUUGGUACUUACAUUCAUCCAUCAGGUGUAUCGAAAAGGCCUGAAGCUAACUAGCCGCACGUUGCUAACUCAAGAAGACAGUUGCGUUGAAAUACCCUUGGAAUAACCGCAUUUUGUGGUGUCGAAUAUUUUUUUUUCAAACAUUUGUCUCAUUGUUUGAGAACCGAGAGGUUUAAACAUGAACCCCAGUGCGCCCAGUUACCCCAUGGCCUCCCUCUACGUGGGGGAUCUGCAUCCAGACGUGACCGAGGCCAUGCUGUAUGAGAAAUUCAGCCCAGCCGGCCCGAUCCUCUCCAUCAGAGUGUGCAGGGACAUGAUCACCCGCCGCUCCCUGGGAUAUGCCUACGUGAACUUUCAGCAGCCCGCGGACGCUGAGCGAGCCCUGGACACCAUGAACUUUGACGUCAUCAAAGGAAGGCCUCUUCGUAUAAUGUGGUCUCAGCGGGAUCCAUCACUGAGGAAAAGUGGAGUGGGCAACAUCUUCAUCAAAAAUUUGGACAAAUCCAUCGAUAACAAAGCUCUUUAUGACACAUUCUCAGCCUUUGGAAACAUUUUAUCUUGCAAGGUGGUUUGUGAUGAAAAUGGUUCAAAAGGCUACGGUUUUGUUCACUUUGAGACCCACGAGGCUGCUGAGCGUGCCAUUGAGAAAAUGAAUGGCAUGUUGCUCAAUGACCGAAAAGUGUUUGUUGGGCGCUUUAAAUCACGAAAGGAAAGGGAGGCUGAACUAGGUGCCCGUGCCAGAGAAUUUACUAAUGUUUACAUCAAGAACUUUGGAGAAGAUAUGACUGAUGACAAGCUGAAGGAGCUCUUUAGCAAAUUUGGCCCUGCGCUGAGCAUACGUGUUAUGACAGAUGAAAAUGGGAAAUCCAAAGGAUUUGGCUUUGUCAGCUUUGAAAGGCAUGAAGAUGCUCAGAAGGCCGUGGACGACAUGAACGGUACAGAGUUGAAUGGCCGACAGGUUUACGUGGGACGAGCACAAAAGAAGGGAGAACGCCAAAAUGAGCUGAAACGCAAAUUUGAACAGAUGAAACAAGAUCGCAUGACCAGAUACCAAGGUGUUAACUUGUAUGUGAAAAAUCUGGAUGACGGUCUUGAUGAUGAGCGUCUGCGCAAAGAAUUCUCUCCUUUUGGUACCAUUACCAGUGCAAAGGUCAUGAUGGAGGGUGGGAGGAGCAAAGGUUUUGGUUUUGUGUGCUUCUCUUCCCCAGAGGAGGCCACCAAAGCUGUCACUGAGAUGAAUGGACGCAUUGUAGCCACUAAGCCCCUGUAUGUGGCUCUGGCUCAGAGAAAGGAGGAGCGUCAGGCACAUCUCACCAACCAGUACAUGCAGAGGAUGGCCACAGUCCGCGCUGUACCCAACCCUGUGCUCAACCCUUACCAACCUGCUCCCCCCUCAGGCUACUUCAUGGCUGCUAUCCCUCAGGCUCAGAACCGUGCUGCAUACUAUUCUGCCAACCAGCUGGCUCAGCUGCGCCCCAGUCCUCGCUGGGCCACUCAAGGAGUGCGUCCUCAGCAUUUCCAGAACAUGCCCAGUGCUAUGCGCCCGUCUGCUCCCAGACCUCAGACGUUCAACACCAUCCGUCCAACUACUACCACCAACACGCAGGUCCCACGCAUGAUGACCUCCCAGCGCAUGCCCACUCAGCCUCUGAGCCAGCGACCUGCCAGUGCUUCAGCCACUGCAGCUCCUGUGCGUGCCAUCCCUCAGUACAAGUACGCUGCUGGAGUGCGCAACCCACAGCAGCACAUCCCCUCCCAGCCACAGGUCGCCAUGCAACAGCCUGCUGUGCACGUCCAAGGACAGGAGCCACUGACUGCCUCAAUGCUGGCUGCUGCCCCCCCACAGGAGCAGAAGCAGAUGCUGGGUGAACGUUUGUUCCCCCUGAUUCAGAACAUGCACCCCAGUCUGGCCGGUAAGAUCACUGGUAUGCUGCUGGAAAUUGACAACUCAGAGCUGCUUCACAUGCUUGAGUCUCCUGAGUCUCUGCGCUCAAAGGUGGAUGAGGCAGUUGCCGUGCUUCAGGCCCACCAGGCCAAAGAAGCAGCUCAGAAGUCCACUACUCCAGCUGGAGUUCCCAGUGUCUAGACAGAAUUUUGAAACCUGCUUCACCGAUGGAAAAAGAGAAAAAAAAAUUAAACAUUGAAAAACCUAAAACUCUGAAAACAUCGCAAAAUGAUAAAUUAUUUCUUAAAAAAAUAAAAACAAUUGACUUUGCCAGGUCUAGGAAUGGUUUGACUAGGCCUUGAUCAUAAAUAAAAAUUUGUUGACAAAAAAAUAGCAAAAUGAAGAAACUUGAGAUACAUUUGAAUGCAUCUUUCUGUUUUAUGUCGUUUUACAAUGUCAUUGCUCAGAUUAUCAGCCAUGUGCAAGAAUGUGAUAGCUGAGCAUUUUGGAAGGUGAUUUGUAUUGUACUGGCUGUAAUAAAUUCUCAUUCAAAA